AUGACUGAGCCCAUGCUCUUCAGGCGGGGCGUAGUUCAAGCGACUUCGUCCUUCCCUCGAUUUCCCCGCAUCCAGACUCGAACUCGAUUUCCGACCUGGCGUCGGGCAACCCUCUCGUCCCCGCGGCAUGUCAGCACCGGCCUGAAUCCUCAGGUUAAGGUCCACGAUGAACCGAAUACGUCUCCCUCUCCAACAUCAACACAAACGACCCGCUGGAAUGCGUUGAAGACAGCAAAGCCGUUUUCCGCAUUCCUGACAGACACGUUCAACCGCCAACAUGAUUACCUUAGAAUCAGCGUCACGGAGCGCUGCAACCUACGUUGUCUAUACUGCAUGCCCGAGGAAGGGGUGCCGCUUUCCCCUCCCGCUCGCCUUCUGACCUCCCCGGAGAUCGUCUACCUCUCGUCGCUGUUCGUUUCGCAGGGUGUGACUAAAAUCCGCCUCACUGGCGGAGAACCAACUGUGCGGAAAGAUAUCGUGCCUCUUAUGCAAUCGAUUGGAGAGUUACGGCGUGACGGUUUACGAGAACUAUGCUUGACUACCAAUGGAAUCUCGCUGCAUCGCAAGCUCGAGCCGAUGGUGGAGGCAGGGCUGACUGGGGUAAAUCUCAGCUUGGACACUCUGGACCCGUUCCAGUUCCAGAUCAUGACGAGGAGAAAGGGCUUUGAGGCGGUCAUGAAGAGUAUACACCGCAUUCAAGAGCUGAAUAAGAUGGGUGCUGGGAUAAAACUGAAGAUUAACUGCGUUGUGAUGCGAGGGCUCAACGAGCGGGAGAUUAUCCCGUUUGUUGAAAUGGGACGUGAUAGCCCCAUUGAAGUGCGGUUCAUUGAGUACAUGCCGUUCGAUGGCAACAAAUGGAGCCAAGGGAAGAUGGUUUCCUACCAAGAGAUGCUGGCCCUCAUUCGAGAGAAGUAUCCGACACUGGAGAAAGUGACGGAUCAUAAGAAUGAUACCAGCAAGACCUACCGGGUUCCCGGCUUCCAAGGUCGAGUUGGCUUUAUCACUAGUAUGACGCAUAACUUUUGCGGAACAUGCAACCGCCUUCGAAUUACGUGCGAUGGGAACCUCAAAGUCUGCCUGUUUGGAAACUCUGAGGUGUCGCUGCGAGAUAUCAUUCGGCAACAGAACAGUGGCGAACCGAUUAGCGAGUCUGUGCUAGAGGAGCUAGGUCUCCUUGAGGCAGCACGGACCGCAGCUCGCAUCCACGACGAGGGCGGCAUUGUCAAUCCACGAGAAAGGGAACUUCUCGAUGUCAUUGGCAUGGCCGUGAAGCGAAAGAAGGCCAAGCACGCCGGCAUGGGAGAAUUGAAGAACAUGAAGAACAGGCCGAUGAUUCUUAUUGGUGGGUAG